GUUUUGACAUUUCUGAUUGUAGCUGCCAAGAAAAUAGCAGAAAAGCACACAGCAAAGAUUAUUUUCUACGGUCGAUUCGGUGUGAAACAAAAUAAGAUAACAAAUGUUACGGGCUACAGUGAGAUCAUUGAAUCUGAGCAAUCGGAUUUGCAAUCAGAACAAUUUCAACAUCAGCCACAGUGAAUUGUGUGUUCAAAGUGUGAGACGAUGGCGGUACCGAAGACCAUUGGAAUUGGGUACAUCAAAGUCGAAAUUGUUUCGCAUCCCGGAACAUCCCGAACAGGAUCCAGAGGAAUUGGCCGAAUUAACACGUCUGUCCACAAUUUAUAACACAAAAAUGAAAUCGUUGCGAGCAUUCUUCCGUGAAGAAAAGCUGAAGCGAGACGAGGCAUUAGCGCAAAAACCACAAUCAGUCGAAGAUGAUGCGGAUUUUGAGCGAAUUUCCAAAAUCAAUGAUGAAUGGAAUCGUGAAGUGGCCAAAGUUCGCGAUGCACGUUUGAAAGCGGAACGGUUUGCGAUGCAACAGGAAAUCCAAUGGCAAUUGGAACAACAGCGAGAGUAUGAGGCCGAACAACAGCAAAAAAUCAAUGAAUUGGUGCUGAGAGAAAAGGAAGCGGCCAAAUCAUUUAUCGUUCGCGAGAAUUUCGAUGAGGCACUUGAGUUGGCUCUUCAGGAAAAAUCCGAUUUCAAUUUUGCCAUUGACAUCAAAGGUAACCAGUUCAUUGGCAGAACGGGCGAUCAAAAGCAGCCUUUAGAAUCAAAUUGAAUCCAUAAUCUUUAGUCGUUAUCAUUGUUUUUGAAGCGUAAAUAAAAAAAAAACUGGCAUACAAUUAAA